AUGUCGGACGACGACGGCGUUCCACUGCGCCAGCGCGCCGCGGGCGCCGCGGUGGCGGCGUGCGUCUCCGCCGUGGUCGUCAACCCCCUCGACGUGGUCAAGACUCGCAUCCAGGCGCAGGGUGCCUUUGCGACGGUCAAGAACGGCGGCGGCGGCGGAUUCGCCGCGCAACCCGCGCUGGUGGGCGCCGACCACGUGUGCCCGCCUCGAUGCCCCACCACCGGCAACCUCAGCAAGCUGUGCGCCCCGGAGUGCAACGUCUACACGUCCACCUACGACGUCCUCCGCAAGAUCUGGCGGCAGGAGGGGCCCGCGGCGCUGUUUCGCGGGACGUCCACCGCGCUCGCCAUCGCGGUACCGACGGUGGGCAUAUACCUGCCGUGCUACGAUGUGUGCCUCGGAGAGCUGAAGAGACGCCUCGGCGCGUCCGAGUGGGGGAGGGAGUACGCGCCGCUCGCGCCCGUCGCAGCGGGGGCGGCGUCGCGGACCCUCGCGGUGCUCUGCGUGGCGCCCUUAGAUCUCGUGAGAGUCAGGACGCAGGCGAUGAAAACGGGCGGAGGCGGAGGAGGAGGCGGAGGAGGAGGCGGAGGCGGAGGCGGGGCGCGCGGAGGGCCCCACGUGCCGGGACUGUGGCAGGGUCUCGCGGCGUCCGCGGCGGGGGACCGCGGAGCGGGCGGCGCGUCGGGCGAAGGAUCAAACGGAAUUUGGAAAAACGGAGCCUCCUCACGCGGGGUUGUCCGAAGGCUGUGGACGGGCGUGGCGCCGACGCUCGCGAGGGACGUGCCUUACUCGGCCGCGUACUGGCUCGCGGUGGAGACGCUGCGCGACGACCUGACGCGGCGGGUGCGCGUCGCGAGGGGGGGCGGCGACGAUGGAGGGGACUCGCAAACCGGCGAGGGGGGUUCGACGGCGAGCGGGACGGUUGAACCGCCGCUCACCCGCGGCGACAUGCUCCGCGUCAACUUCGCCUCGGGCGUGUGCGCGGGGGCGUUGACGGCGGCGCUGACCACCCCGCUGGACGUCGUGAAGACGCGUGUUCAAAUCCGCGACGUGCCGAAAGAUUUCGCGGGCGGGAUACCCGUCGACGGCCCCGGCGGCGCGGGCGCGGUGCCGAGCGGCGUCAAGAACGGAGGCGUCAAGAGAGGCCUCCUCUCGGAACUCGGCGCGGUGGCGAGGGAGGGCGGGGCGAGGGCGCUGUUCGCCGGGUGGGCGCCGAGGGCGAUCCGCGCGGGUCCCACGUGCGGCAUAGUGCUCGUCGCGUACGAGUUUGCCAAGACGUGGCAGAUGUGA